AUGAACGUAGGAGUUAAAGUUAAGAGCUUGUUUGUUCGUGCUCUACAUUCAAGGCCUCAUUACGUUUAUUUAUUCCCCUUAACAGUAGUGUGUGUGUUUUUUGCGGUUAGAAGGCAUAACAACCUUCGCAUGGGUGGCCUAGAAAGAGCUUACAAGUACAAAAAGAUAUACUCAGAGUUGAGGAUGUUGAACACUAACAAGGUUGAUUUGUUAUCCAGUCCACCAUAUUUUAAGCCUGACAAUUUUGUUCUUUAUAAGACACAGGAUAGAAAAAUCCAAGUUUGUGAUGGUAUUAAUAGACACAUUUGUGAAAACCUUAAUUCAUCCGGCUGGCAGUGUCAUAUAAUUCAGUGGGAUUAUAGUAAUAAUGGUAGUAAUUAUGAUAAGAACUAUGAGCGUAAACCGUUUAAUGAUUCAAUUGAGUUGGGUAAUUUAACCAAUGGAAUUUAUGCACUAACUUGUAAACGUCAAGUUAACUCGACAAAGCAUGAAGAAAUUGUAACUGAGUAUAAGCUUAUUUUAACCGAUGGUAAAUUGUACUUGGAUUGUUCAUCAAAACCGUUAAUUAUCAAAUUAUCAUACAGCUUCAAUAUCACUGAACAGUCAUAUCGGAUGUGUAUCUGGCGUUUGCCAGUUCAAUCAGUAUGGUUAAGACAUCUCACUGUUGAACAAAUGAAUUCAGUCGUCUUUCCAGUAGAUGACUGUACUGUGUCCAACGAUAAGAUAACAAUUCAACAUGGUGUUCUAUACGUAAAUUCCUCAAGCAAUCUGAAAAGUGAUAUGGUGAAUAUUAUUUGUGCUUAUGGAGAGUUUAAUGAGGUAAUAUAUAUUGAUACACCGGACAACAGUGUCAAAGCGGUAGCCUCUGUGGUAACACCCCAUUAUCCCAUCUCUGAUGAUGAAGAUAUCCGUCUCGAGUUUUACAGUGACUAUCCAAUAAGUUAUACAUACGGCCAAAAUAUUUCAAUUGGACCAAUCAAGUGUAUCGUUAGAUGGACAAGUACGUUAUAUGAUUUGAAAUGGCGAAAGUUAAAUGGAUAUGAUGAGAUAAUGCAACCAGAUACUUCAGUUUUAAUGAUAGCUGCAAGUGAUUCCUCCAUAGCUGGUCAGAACACAUUCCAAUGCCGUCUUACUUCUGGAUAUACGUGUAAAUCCAGGUUAUUCAUUUAUGUAAGAUUUCGGGAUGUGGAUUUGAAAUUCCUGCCUGAUUUUAAUCUGUUGUGGCGUAACCAAACACUCAUGUGUAUUUCGAAUUUUCAGGAGUACAGUAAACCAAUAAUGAUGUUAGAGUUAUAUCCACCAUUAUUUCAUCCUGAGAUUAGUUAUCGUACAUUGAAUUUGUUCAAAAUGAGCCGGGGAGUUUAUGAAGUGACUUGUGAUCAUUUCACACCAUAUUCUAUAAAACGCAGGAUAAACAAAUUCUUCUAUGUUACAGAUCUACCGAAGAAUUUAGACUUAAAGUUCAAUGAAACAUUUUCAAAAAUGUCAUGUACAUCUUCUCACUUUCCAAGGGGACACAUAGAUAUUACUUGGUUGAUUCCUGACUCACGAUUAUGUUGUGAAACUGACAAAAUGAAUGAUCUAGUUUUAACUGAAUAUUCAACAGUUGGUAGUCAUAAUGUCACUUGUCAAUAUGGAUUCGUCCGAAUACCAACCGAAGCGUUAACUAAGGAGGAGAAAUACUGCCUACAUGGAUUAAUACAUAAAUAUAAUGAUAUAGUCGAGAUUAUUAAUUGUAUAUUAAGUAAACAGAAAAGGCCUGAGGAGUCAGUAUUUAUAAGGUCCUUUGAUUGGUCAACGUAUACCCCAUUAAGUCUCCGUGGCAGUCAUUACGACUCUAAUUCAGGUCUAGAAAGUGGUUUUGAAGGGAAAAUGCGAAAAGUGAGUGGGUCCUUGAGUUCAUUUACGGGAAAUUUAUUUGCAGCAAAUGCGUUAACAAAAUUUAAUCUAAGAAAAAGUAGUGGACAUCAUACUCCAAUGAUAUUUCAACGAAUGUCUGUUGAAGGAACUUCAGUGGAACCGCCUCAUUUUCCUGUUUCUUCUUUUGUUCGUCCCCCUUAUCAUUCGGGUGACGAGGACGUGGGCAGGAAGGAUAGAACUUCUACGAUAGAUCUAUACUUCUAUGAUGGAAUAUCGCGGCAACGUGGUGUUCAAAAGUUGGAAUACCUGCACAAAUUAAAUGCAUCCACGUAUGCAAGAAAACCCCGGGGUAAUUAG